AUGCCACACAAAAUCAACGUGGGCCUCGUGGCGCUGGCAGCUCUGGCGGCGGCCGUGUUAGCCGACCCGUCGGUGGACCGGAGGGCCAGCAUGGGGUUCAUGGGCAUGCGGGGCAAAAAAGACCGCGACCAGGGCGGUGGAGGCAGCGGCGGCGACGAGACUUCCGCAGCUGUCGACCUGGACAAGCGGACCAUGGUGUUCCGGCGCCCGAUGUUCGACGGCGGCAGCAGGCCCGCGGUGUUCGGCGGUGGUUCGGCGGAGGGCUUCAAGCGGGCCAGCAUGGGGUUCAUGGGCAUGCGCGGCAAGAAGGACUACUACAACAACAACAAGGGCUCGGCGGCCGGGUUCUUCGGCAUGCGCGGCAAGAAGGUUCCGUCCGCGGACGCGUUCUACGGCGUCCGCGGCAAGAAGUGGCCGGACCGCGAGGACGCCGUCGACGCGGACGUCCAAUUGUCCCCGAUAUAUAUCCUGUACAGGAUCAUCGACGAACUGAAGUCGGAACUCUCGGACCGGGAGAGGAAUUUGGUGGCGGCUAAAUUCGACGAAGAGAGAGAAAUGCGUUGA